AUGGAUUUCCACAACAAUGGGUCCAAUGAGUGGUUUGGUUUCCGCAUGGAGAUGCUUGGGAGUUUAGUUUUCUGCAUUUCCACUGUAUUCAUGUUCUUGUUGCCAAGCAGUAUAAUAAAGCCAGAGAAUGUUGGUUUAACUCUCUCCUACGGAUUGCCCCUGAAUGGUGUGCUGUUCUGGUAUCGGUUGAGAGGAUACCAGAAGCAGCCGCACGGUUAUAUGAGCUGCUUUGUCUAA